UAAUGACUGCCAGAACUGUGAAUCCGACUCCAGGGUUUAAGUUGCCUGACGAGCAGCAGGUGAAGCUCCGCACCCAGCACCGAUGUGCUGCUGACACAUCCAGUGCCUCCCGUGCUGCGCUCCCAUACCUGGAAAUUAACACCGAGCAGCAGCCGGGUGCUGGGCUCAAAUUCCCAGCUUUCAGGCGGCAUUUGGGCCACCCAGACAUGCACGGUACGUCCUUGGCCUUUCUGGAGUGCUGGUGAUAAAUCCAGUGGUUCACCCAAGACCUCAGAGAGCUGGUAUUCCAUGGCAUGACACAGGACGUCUCCUUCCAGCCUGUCUUCCAGCAAUUGCGCUGGCUGCUCCUGGAAACCAUGAGUAUUUUUCAGCAUCCGAGAUAUUAUGGGGUCAAAUUUUUUCAGCAUCUGAGAUAAGUGGUCAAAUUACAGGCUGUGUGGAACACUGCUUCCUUUCUUUUGGGGCCUGAUACCCGUUAGGUGCCUGUAAUAGCUUAAUUAUUGUGCAACAAUUAAUUGUUCCCUGUUUACCAGCUCCAUGCUAUCUAUGAUAAGACAGACUGCUUGCCUGCCCUGUUUCCCAUGCCCGUUUUUCAGGAUGAACUGCUGGUUGCUUUAAUCAAUUCUCAAGCAGAAGCCGUUCCUUCAUCCUUGCUACCUUUUGUUUAUCUUUUUCUUUUACCAUAUCAUUUCAUCUAUGCACCCUGAGAUGAGAUGGCUGGAACUGAAGAGUGUCCUGCAUUCGACUAAACUGAGGAUUUUCACGGGUCUCCCCAGGUAAUAGAGAAUUAAAUUUUCUGGAGCAAUUUAUUUUUAUGUACUGAUUCUCAGCUAGGAAAUUACCUCAGUAUUUGGCAGCGUAUUCUCCUUUUUUCAGGGUGCAGGAAUGUAAGCACGUUAGUUGGGAUGGCCAAACUAAUUUUUUUUACCCGUAACAGCACUUUCUCAUUUGUCUCCCUUUGUCUGAGAGAAGAAAGCCCUAACGGGUGGGCAAAACAGACUUGAAAAAGGGAACUAAUAAGCACAGUGCUGGUUAGUGCGGCACAAAAUUUCACUUUCCUUAGCGAUCCUUCCCUCGUGCAUCCGUCCGACAAAUUCUGUCAUGCAAUUUCUGAGUAAUUCCCGUGUUUUCACUGGCAUAUAGGAAAUGUUUCCAGAUUCUCACAUUCCAUGUUUUAGAAAUUCCUAGUGUCGAAGAGUGUGGGAUAUACUGUGACUUAGGUGCGUAGGGAAUUUGUGUAUGUAAUUUAUGUUAAAUGAAAAGCUGUGCAAAUAAACCAUCUUCGCAUGGGGGAAAAGAAUGUCCUGAAUAGAACGAUAAAAUAUUUUCGUUCUUAUGUUAUGGGAGAAGAUAGUUAAGUAGUUAUUCUGACCCCAUAGUUUACAAGAAAACAUUCUUUACAUUAUAAUCACUGUUAAAACAAAGCUGCCCGCAGGGGCAGGCACAAAUCAGCCUUCCCAACGCCGCAUCGGGGCCAGCAGAACACCAGUGGCUGCGGUGUCAACACCCCUUUCCGCCCCGACCUUUUUCCGCGUGAUUUUCGCACUGAGCCGGAGCGGCCGAUUUACGGUCACGAGGGCCAGGGUUAAGCGCUCCACCGCCACGGGGGACGCCCGCCCGGGCAGCACCGACAGGGCGGAGAAAGAGAAGACAGGGUCGGACCCCGGAGCACAGCCCCGCCCGGGCCCGCCCUGGCCGCUCCCCACUACACCGCCCCGCUCCAAGAUGGCGCCGCCCCUCAGCCCCGGGGUCGGCCGAACGACACCCCCUCCCCCGCCCCGCCCCGCCCGCGAGGCGGGUCCCGCGCCCUCUGCGCGCGUCAUCGCUCGCUGCCGGAAGUGCCGCGAUGCGGGGCCGGUUGCUGCGCGCCUGGCGCGAGGGGGUGAAGGCGGCGCGCGGGGCGGUGGGGCGCGCGGGGCCGGGGCCGCCAUGGCGGGUGCUCUUCUUCGGCACCGACCGCUUCGCCGUCACCGCUCUGAGAGCCCUGGGAGCGGCCAGGGAGCCCAGCGGGGACUCGCUGGUGUCCAGGCUGGAGGUGGUGACCUUGCCCUCCCGCCUGCCUGGGGACCUGCCUGUGAGGAGCUGUGCCCGGGAGCUCCAGCUGCCUGUGCAUGAGUGGCCCCACACAGGACCUGUGGGGCAGUUUGAUGUGGGUGUGGUGGCAUCGUUCGGACGUCUCCUAAGCGAGGACCUUAUUCUGCAGUUCCCAUAUGGUGUGCUGAAUGUCCAUCCCAGCUGUCUCCCACGAUGGCGUGGCCCUGCACCGAUAGUCCACACUGUGCUUCAUGGUGAUAAAGUGACUGGUGUGACAAUUAUGGAAAUAAGACCAAAAAGGUUUGAUGUAGGUCCAAUUAUUAAGCAAGAAGAAUUUGCUGUUCCUCCCCACUGCACUGCAAAGGAGCUGGAAGUGAUGUUAUCAAAGAUGGGUGCAAAAAUGCUGAUAUCAGUUUUGAAAAACUUGCCUGAAAGUUUACAAAAUAAAAAAGAGCAACCAAAAGAAGGAGUAACAUUUGCUCCUAAGAUAUCUAUAGCUAAGAGUUGUAUAAAAUGGGAACAGCAAACGGCUGCACAAAUAAUUCAACUGCAUCGUGCAAUAGGAAGUACGUUUCCUUUACAGACGCUCUGGAAGGGCAGUACUGUUAAACUUCUGGAUUUUGUGGAAGUGGAUAAUAUCCCUGGUCUUGCUGAUCAAAGAUUAAAUGACUGUGGAGCUGUUCCUGGUUCACUACUGUACCAUAAAGUGUCCCAAACGCUGUUAGCUCGUUGCAAGGAAGGCUGGGUUGGAAUUAAAACAGUCGUAUUAAGGAAGAAGCUCACAGCAGUUGACUUCUACAAUGGAUAUAUGCAUUCUUGGUUCCAGCAGAACUCAAGAACGGUUCAUCAGGAGUGCAGAUUUCAAACACUCAAACUUAGUACGACAAAAAAGACUCUGAAAGAGAGGGAAGUAUUAGCACAGGAUGUGAAACAAUAAGUGUAUUUUAAAAUGUGGAAGAAGACAUCUGUAAGUUUGUCAUAAUAUCAACUAUUUCAAUGCCCACCUGUAACAUUUAACGUAGUUAAGGGCUUUCCUCCCCAAGUAUUUGAUCUUGCUGUCAUCUGCAUGUUUUUCUCAUGGAUUCCUGGUGAUACUCAUUUCUUUUUCCCUACCAAGGAAGGGAAUCUCUGUGAAUGCUGAAGGUAGUGAAUAAAUUCCUGUUUCCAUGGUUGGGUAAUAAAUUUAUUUUUAUACAAUG